GUUUCUGGUUUGUUAGGUUGUUUACUUUACAACGCAUAAUAUUGGAAAUAUUUUGUAACUGAUAAAAUGCCACGACAGAGAAUAUUGUUGACAGAGGACUGAAUCUGCCGUAACUUAACAUAGUCAUCAAUACAUUCAUAGCCUGUACUGCAUGACACCAGAUUUAAAGAAGCAUGGUGUUUUGAUCUCUGCAUCAGUCAUGCCUUUCAUGUGCACAUUGAUGCAACGAAUUGCUUCAAAGUGAAUGGAAAAUGAAAUGCAAGUACGAUUUUCCUAAGUUAUUAAGUUCAAGACUGAAAGGGCAGAGAUGUAUGGCUCUACAAGCCUAAUUUCUGCCACCAGUUCAAGCCACCAGUGAUAGUUAAAUCAUGGAUUUCGAUUCUAUUCAAAUUUCUCGAAGAACAUCACUUUUCGCAGAGAAAGAUCUGUUCAUUUUUAUAUUGACAGAAACUUGCCAAGUAAGCUCACUUUUAUCAUAAGUGUUUAACCAAUGUACAUAUAAAGAAAGAUGGUAUUUGGAUGCUGUUAACAAGUGUGCUGUUAACAACUGUCAUAAGUGUUUAACCAAUGUACAUAUAAAAGAAGAUGCUAUUCGAAUGCUGUUAACAAGUGUACUGUUAACAACUGUCAUAAGUGUUUGUUUAACCAAUGUACAUAUAAAAGAAGAUGCUAUUUGGAUGUUGUUAACAAGUUUGUUUAUUUGAUGGACCGCAUCCUUCAGUAGUUGAGGAAAGUAACAACCAGAAGUCUUUUUUUUUCAGUUCUCUUCCCGCUCUCAGCUUUUGGACAUGUGACCAAAAACAUUGCUAGUGAACUGGCAUCUAAUAUUUCAGAACUUAGUGCUGCUAAUCAAAAGGCAGCCACCAGACUGUCUAAGACUGGACUUGACUUUUUAUUGAUCUCACAAUCAUUCAACCAAUUUAUGAAUUGUCCUCAGUGGUAUGGAAUGAUAAUAUCUCUACUUGUUGCAGUCUUUGUUUUUUACCACUUUGCUUAGGGAUGUUGGCGUGUACUCAUGUACAAUUACGUUGCUGCAAGUAUUUUUGAGGGGAAAAUAAGAGGCAGUGCAAGUGGGUUAAAAAUUCAAAUCUGACAGUAAAUUUGAAUUUCAAUAGUUUUGAAGUAAAAAAAGGUUAGCAGCAAGGCAAUGUCAUUUUCUUUUGUAGAUUGAAAAGGAGGCCUUUGAAAAAGUUUGAACUAUGUAUCUAAAGGUCUAUAUAUACAUUAGGUUUAAUAGAAAGCUUUUAUCAUAAGUCAACUUUUUAUACCCUAGCCUCAAAAUAUUAGCUUUGCUAAUUUUGUAACCAUCUUCAUAGUUGUUUCGUUGAUAAAGCAGAGUAUGCUAAUCAACACACACAGACAAAGGUAAGCAUUCUUAUGACAAACUCUAACACAAAAACGGUCACUAGCUUGUGAACUGUUUUGAUUAAAAUUUCCUAUCACAGCAAGUAUAUAAAUUCGUAUUGAAGAAAGGCUCUGCAGUAUGAAUUGAAAAUUGAAUCCAAUAUGAACUGGAGAAUCAUACUCUCAUUUGUGGUUUUUAUUGAAGGCAUUACGGUUCUGUCGAUUGCCGCGAAAACAUCAAAGAAUCCAUCUCUGCAAGAAUCAGCAGUUAGGUGAUUCUUUUACGAACCCCGUCACAACUCAGCAAUGGCGUAUUGUUCCAGCAUCCAUGGUGAUGUCAAACAGCAUGUGUGUGAAUACUGCUCUAAGAGUUUUCCUGAUGCCUUACAGCUGAAAAGACACAACAGAGUCCACACCGGCGAAAAGCCUUACGUGUGUGCAUCUUGUUCAAAGGGUUUCUCUCAAGCUGCAAAUUUAAGAAAACACAUAAGAGUGCACACCGGCGAAAAGCCAUACUCCUGCGGGUAUUGCCUAUCAACAUUUACGCAAGCUUCACACUUACAGAAACACAUAAAAGUUCACACCGGCGAAAAGCCUUUUUCUUGCAAUUACUGUCUAAAAGCAUUCUCUCAAGCUUCGUACGUUAAGAAACACAUGAGAGUCCACACUGGAGAAGAAAAAACAUAUUCAUGCGGCUACUGCCCAAAAGCGUUUUACGAUUUGUACCAACUAAACGCACAUAAUAAAGUGCAUACCGGCAGAAAAGGUGCUGGUCGCUCGGAGACAGUAUCCAGCUCUGAGUCGCAUACGAGUACGUCCCCGGGCGAUACGUUUUUGUGCGAGCAUUGCUCCAAGGAAUUCAAAACAGCUUCACGUUUGAAGAGACAUAUCAACCUCAAUCAUGGUUUGAAGCCGUAUGCCUGUGAAUUCUGUUCAAAGUCUUUUUCUUUCACUUCCAUCCUGGAGAGACACAGGAGAAGUCACACCGGGGAGAAGCCGUACGCUUGCGUCAUGUGUCCGAUGACAUUUACGGAAGCGUCGACUUUGAAAAGACACAUAAGGACCCACACUGGCGAAAAGCCUCACUCGUGCGACUACUGCAUGAAAGAGUUCACUCGCAGGUCGGAAAUGGAAAGACACAUGAGAAACUCUUGUUCCGUGAUAUCUCAUACCUCAGCUAACAAAUCAUAGCCCUUGGGCACUGUUGGGUUUUGGACUGUCCAAAACUGGUUUAGGACAGGACAGGUGGUUUUUACUGUCCAAAAGUGUUCAAAACUGUCUUAAAUUGUCCAAAACUAUGAUAAAGUUAAAGGUGUGUAAUCAAGUCGUAUUGACUGCAAUAUUCGAAAUGCAUAAGUAUAGACAUAACCAAGGUUUAAUUAAUGAGUUUUUUUAUAAUAUUUUUUUCUAAAACGUUAUUUAAAAAAAUAUUUACUUAAAAAAAUUGGCAGUAACUGCUACAUAAAAACUUCCUUAUCCAACCUAUACUAAGUGUUCCUUUAUGCAACAGUUGGUAGAGUUAUAAAAGGAAAUUCUCAACACUACCAAGACAACUAAUUUCAGUUCCAUUUAUAAUUGAAAGGAAUGUUAUCAAAUGUGCAAUAUUUAGAUGAGAAAACAAAGCUUAAAUUUUUAAAUGAUUUUUGCAAAUAAGUUUUACGUGAAGUUUUAACGAAAAUUAUUUUUUAAAUCAUAGAUUAAAGAACAAGAAAUUGAUGAUUAAACACUUAUAUUGUAAAACUUGUGUUAUUCUUUUUUUUUUUAGUUCAUAUUUUUUAAUACAUUCUGAAACGACAAAAAAAUUGUAACAUAUUGCAUUUAAGUCAAUUAUUGCACUGUAUUUUGAACACUUUCGUUUGCACACAUGCAUAAAUGCCGAAAAAUUUGGUUUAUGUAGGAAAAAACAACAACUCCUGCAUACAAAUUGAAAUUUUAAAUGAAGAAUUUUAAUUUCUACAUAAUUAGAUUAAAAUCAGCUGCAUAAGUAAACUGCAUAUAUAUUUACACUUGGAUGUUCACAUUGAAUAAAUAUAUUUAAUAGUCAAAAAAAAAUUUUUUUGAGACAUUUUUUCUGUUUUCGAUAUUUUUUCACAAAAAUAUAGUUUUUCAAGAAAUAGUUUUGGACACUUUCAGACGCAAGGGCUUUGAACAGGAUGAUAAAAAAACUUGCCAACCCUGCUUUAAUUUGCACACAUGCAUAAACAUAGGGAAAUUUGGUUGUUAUUAUCAAAAAGAAAAAAAAAACUAAUGUGAAGAAGAUAAAUAAAACCUUUGUGCUGAACAAUAAAGUAAGACAAAACAACGUAAGUAGAAGCACAAAUUUGAAAAUUACAGCAGACACGUGUUUCGGUGUUACAGGGAACACCUUUUUCAAUGCAAAAAAUAAUGAGCUUAUGGAUGAAAUGAAAUCAUGAAAACUUAAAUUUUUAUAUGUUUUUCUCUUUCUGAUGGGGUUGCAUUAUAGCAGUGGCGCACACAAGGGAGGGGUCCGGACCCCUCCCAUAAGUCUUGCUUUUCCCCUCGAUUGAUGAUGAUUCUUUGUAUUUUGUGCGUAGAACAUCCGACAAAAGAGCUUUUGUCGGAUGUCUUUUCAUCCAUAAGCUCAUUAUUUUUUGCAUUGAAAAAGGCGUUCCCUGUAACGCCGAAACAUGUGUCUGCUGUAAUUUUCAAAUUUGUGCUUCUACUUACGUUGUUUUGUCUUACUUUAAUGUGAAGAAAUUGAAAUUUUGAUCAAGAAUUCAACUUCUAUGUAACCUAGAUUCAAAUCAGCUGCAUAAAUAAGUUCAAUGUUCUCCACUGAAUAAA